AGUCAUCGCAAGACAAUUUGUAAUAGCAAUGUUGGUUUUGGAUACUUGGCAAUAUUUCAUGCACAGAUAUUUCCACCACAACAAGUUCUUGUACGGACACUUCCAUUCCCAACAUCACAGGCUUGAGGUUCCCUACGCAUUUGGGGCAAUCUACAACCAUCCCGUGGAGGCAAUCGCCUUUGACAUAAUCGGUGGAGCCUUGUCCUACUUCCUCUUCGGCAUGUCCCCUCGAACUUCCAUGUUUUUCUUCUCUUUCGCCACCAUCAAAUCGGUGGAUGACCACUGCGGGCUAUGGCUUCCUGCCGGAAACCUCUUCCACAUCUUCUUCAGCAACAAUUCUGCCCACCACGAUGUCCACCACCAUUUUCAUGGUGGCAAGUACAGCUUCUCCCAACCAUUCUUCUCCCUGUGGGAUAGGAUUAGGGGAACGUAUUUGCCUUAUUCAGUUGAGAAGAGAGCCAAAGGAGGCUUUCAAGUUUGGCCCGUACAUAAACUAAAAGAGCACAGGAAUUAA